CUCCCACAGUGCUGGGAUUACAGGCGUGAGCCACUGCGCCCAGCCCUUUCUUUCGCGUGAGUCACUGCGUCCGGCCCUUUCUUUCUUUUUCUUUCUUUUUCUUCCUCUCUCCCCUCCCGCCUGCCUUCCUUCCUUUUUUCCUUCUUUUUUUUCUUUCUUCCUUUUUUUUUUUUUUGUGAGAAAGGUAGCUUUAGUGAAAACAGGGUUUGGAGUUGAACCUACACGGGUUCAAAUUUGACUUCCGUCCACCACCGAGACCUGCGCUCCCUGAGGGACUCGCUUUCCCAUCCGCGAAACCAGGACGGCGCCGCCUACACCCCGCGGCGUUCGGGGCGGGCUGAAUGUGUCGCUGAGUAGGGGCUACACCCACGCCCUUCGCUCCCCGCCCCCGGCGCGGAGCGACGGCCACGGCAGUGUCCCCAGGCCACCGAAACCGAGGCGGGGUCUCGGUCCCUCCGCGGAAGGAGGGAGCCGGACCGUACGUGGCAGGACUCACCGCCCCGCACGUGGCAGGACUCACCGCCCCGCGCCGCGUUCUCCGAGCCAUGGCGCCUGCCCUGUGGCGGGCCUGCAACGGACUCAUGGCCGCCUUCUUCGCGCUGGCGGCCUUCGUGCAGGUAAAUGACCCAGAUGCAGAGGUGUGGGUGGUGGUGUACACAAUCCCUGCAGUACUGACCCUGCUUGUUGGACUUAACCCUGAAGUCACAGGUAAUGUUAUUUGGAAAAGUAUCUCUGCAAUACACAUACUCUUUUGUAUGGUGUGGGCUGUUGGCUUGGCGUCCUACCUCUUGCAUCGUACACAACAGAACAUCUUACAUGAGGAAGAAGGCAGGGAGCUGUCUGGUCUGGUGAUUAUUACAGCAUGGAUUAUCCUGUGCCACAGUUCCUCAAAGAAUCCAGUUGGUGGAAGAAUUCAAUUGGCUAUUGCCAUUGUAAUCACACUUUUCCCAUUUAUCUCAUGGGUCUACAUAUAUAUUAACAAGGAAAUGCGGUCCUCUUGGCCAACUCACUGCAAGACAGUAAUUUAAAUAAAUUCAAGAACUUCGUUUUUAAGAUGAAUAUUUUCAAUCAAUUUUUUAUAAACAUUAGGGGAACAAGCCAGGAGUUUAUUUCAGGUAAUUUGGGCUAAUAGAGUUUUUUAAAACUCCAAAUAACUUUUUAAGGGUGCAUAUAAUUCGAUGUAAGAUUGGAUGGGACAAGUAAGAGAUGGUCUGAUAUUUUCCAGACGUCUUUUUUUUUUUUUUUUUUUUUUUUUUUUUGAGACGGAGUCUUGCUUUGUCACCCAGGCUGGAGUGCAGUGGCUCGACCUCGGCUCACUGCAAGCUCCGCCUCCCGGGUUCACGCCAUUCUCCUGCCUCAGCCUCUCCGAGAAGCUGGGACUACAGGCGCCCGCCACCACGCCCAGCUAAUUUUUUGUAUUUUUUAGUAGAGACGGGGUUUCACCGUGGUCUUGAACUCCUGACCUCAUGAUCCGCCCGCCUCGGCCUCCCAAAGUGCUGGGAUUACAAGCGUGAGCCACCGCGCCCGGCCUCCAGACGACUUUCUGCAGGGUCUUGUGUCAUAAUGUAGUGGAAAAGGCUAGAGAAUAGAAGUUUAAAAAUACGAGUUCUAACUUAACUUUGUAACUAUGUAAUUUGGGCAAAUAUAUAAACCUCCUGGUGGAUAUUUAUCUAUAAAAUAGGAUUAAUGCCAGAUCUACUUACUUACACAGUAACAAGGAUCAAUCUAGAUAAUGUAACAACACUCUGAAGAUAUAAAGUGUUUGGAAAGAUUACGGAGGGCUGCCCAUGAUUAAAAUAGAGGGGAGCAGGGAUUGGGUAAUAUACUGAAAUAGACAUUCAAGAGAGGGCUAUACCCCGAUCUUUUUUUUUUUUUUUUAAGACAGUCUCACUCUGUUGCCCAGGCUGGAGUGCAGUGGCAUGAUCAUGGCUCACUGCAGUCCUGACCUCCCGGGGCUCAGGUGAUCCUCCUACCUCAGCCUCCCAAGAAGCUAGGACUACAAGUGUGCACCACCAUGCCCGGCUAAUUUUUUUUUAAUUUUCUGUAGAGGCAGGGUUUCACCGUGUUGUCCAGGCUGGUCUUGAAUUCCUGAGUUCAAGUGAUCUGUCCACCUUGGCCUCCCAAAGUGCUGGGAUUACAGGUGUGAGCCACCAUGCCCAGUCCAGCCCUAAACUAAUCUUAUCCAGAGCUGGCAUAGUGCAGUGAACUAAAGGAGAACUCUAGAUGAAUCAAAUGAGCAGGCAUGUCUUGGAAAGAAAGGGAAGCUGGAUAGAAUAAAGGAAUUAGGGACCAAACAAGAAGGCAAUAGGGAAUAUAACUACAUUCUAAAUGAGAAAUAAGGUCAAAAUCUACAUACAUUCUUUAUAAAUGGAUGUCCAAAGUAACCCGAGGGAGGAGAGCUUUUUUUUUUUUUUCAUUUCCAUUUUCAUUUAAAAAUGGAUACUUGAUUAUUAGAAAACUUACAAUUGUGUUUGGAACAACUUGGGUAUUUGAAUCUAAUUUUCCAAUUGCAAAUUUUAUGAUACCUAAAUACAGAUAAAGUAUUUCCAAUGAAAAUUUAGUGUCCAAAUGAGUGGGGCUAUAAAUGUAAAAUACACUGGAUUUUAAAGACAUGGUAGAAAAAGAACAGAAAAUAUUUUUUGUAUUGAUUACAUGUUGAAACAAUAUUUUGGCUAUAAUGGGUUAAAUAUACUAUUAAAGUUGAUUUUAUCUGUU